CUCUCAUUCCUCUCUCUCGCGCGCGCGCUCUCUCUCUCUCUCUCUCUCUCUGUUGUGGCUAUGGCUGUCUCCCACUUCACUGCAAAAUCCCAAUUCUCUCACCAUCCUUCAGACCGGGAAUCCCGACGGAGCCUCCGUAAGCGGUGUUUUCUGAUGGCCAAGCAGCAAAAGACGCGUUUCUACAUCUUCGGACGCUGUAUCACCAUGCUCCUUUGCUGGCAUGAUCAUUCAAUCUCCGAUUAGAGAUGCCUUUGGGUCGCGUUUCAGCUUCGCAACAAUUGGAAGAGUUUCAUUUCUCGGUUAAUUUGGAUCUAUUGACAACCGUGGAUUUUGGUUCCCUCAAUUGGUGGAUCCCGGCAACGAGGCGAGAUUCCUGAAGCAUCUCACACAGGACAUGAUAUAGUUUAAAUUGCACAUGAACAGUGUAUGUGUGCGUGUGUGUUUAUCUUGUCCUAUUAAAUCGCUUCUAAGGACGAGAGUGAAAGAAGAAAGAGAAGACGAGGAAGAUCUCUUUGAUGGAGGGUUCAUGCGAAUGAGGUUCUCUACCAUGAGGUUGAAUCGAGCAGUCAUCGGAGAACAGGGGAACAAAAGAUAGAGAAUAGAGUCGUUCAAGAUGAUGGUGAAAAGGGCCAAUCGAGGAGUGUCUGAAAGUGAAAUAUCGAAAUUGCCCCUUCGUUUUUACUAUUUAUGGGAAUUGAAGUUGGCACUUAAUUAACUGAUUUGAGUGUCAAAUUUGAGGUCUUCUAUCCGUAGUGCCGUGAAUCUGUGAUUAUUGUAAUUACCUGAUCUUGUUUGAAAGAAAUCAGUUCAGUUGAGCUAAAAGCAAAGUGUCUCAUUGUCUUUAAUCACUUGUUUACUUAUUUUAGUUUGAGGAAAAGUCCACGAGGGUAGAAAAUAGAAAUACUCUGAGUCUGUUAAACCAGGGCUUGAUUUUCACGAGCAUGUCUUUAGAAACCAGACUGGAAUACCAAAUAAAAACUAUGGCUGUUAACUUGUUUCAACAAUGCAGGGAAAAUUUGCUUUC